AUGAAGUUUGGCUGCCUCACAGGCCCUGAACGGAAUCUUUGUCGGAGCCUGUAUUGUUCAGGCAUAACACGCGGAAAUUCAGUCUCUUCUCUUUAUCGAGUGAACAUUGCCAAUGGGCAGACCACACUCAUCACCAAUAACGUCGGAAACAAGGUGAUCAACGCACUCGGCUACAAUGUUCUCGAUAACUACCUUUACGGCUACGGAACAGGCGACCGCACAAUCAAUCGGAUCGGCCCCGACGGAAGCUCUCAAGUAAUAGCAACUCUUCCUGCGGGAGUUACAGGCAUUGUCGCGGGCGAUAUUGACAUCAAUGGACAAUACUGGAUCACGGCACAGGGAGUAAACUAUUACCACAUCGAUCUUGCGCCUAGCUCCAAUACAUAUGGACAAAUCAUCGAGUCCGGUAAUACCAACCUCGCUACUGGCUUCAAUAUCAUCGACUGGGUUGCCCUGGCAGCCGCUCCCAGUGUGUUGUAUGCUGUGACUUCCGGUUCCAGCCAAACUCAGACUUAUCUGAUGCGGUUUGACAAGGGCACCAAGCAGUUUACAAAUCUUGCAAGCUAUGGCUCCAUCGCAGGCAACACGUGGGGUGCUGGAUAUUCGACCACGGACGGAAAUAUAUAUGCUUCCGACAAUGUUUCCGGACAGAUCUGGCAGUUCCCCAUCGAUGGAUCAGCUCCAUCGCUGCAAGCCCAGGGCAACCCGACAAGUGUCAAUGACGAAGCCAGAUGUGCUUAUAAUGGGGCCCCUAUCACUCGCUGA